AUGGACGUUUUCUGCCACGUUCAGCACAGCAGUGGCUCUCACCCGCUCUGUGGCAACGUUUGCGGUCACUCACCCCGGCUUCCCGGCUCCCUCCCCUUGCAUCCUUCCUCUUUUCCCUCAAAACUGCCGCCAAACAUCCCCGCCACGAUAACGGACCAGGUGGUUGGGUUUGGCAUGGUAGCCUUCAGCCUCACUGUCUUCGUUUACUACACCGUCUGGAUCAUCGUCCUGCCCUUCAUCGACAGCGAGCACGGCAUCCACCGGUACUUCUUGCCCAGGGAAUACGCCAUUAUCAUCCCCGUGGUGGCCGGGCUCCUGCUGCUCCUGUUUAUAGGCAUCUUCAUAGUGGUUGUGAUGUGGAAAAACAGGAAACCUGCAAAGAAAUCUGACUGAAGACCCAAAUGAGAGAGCUGAGGAGAAGGCAUCAACCCUGUAGCAUCUUAGACAGGGAAAGACUUUACCAAGUGGAGACCCCUUCCAAAGCUCUGUGCUGCAGUAGAAACGGUGCUGAGCUGGCUGCUCUGUCUCCAGUGUUCCUCACGGACCAAAGAGAAGCAAAACUCUGACCUACAGCUGCCAUCGGGAAGGGACCAGAAGUCCAGCUAUGACGGAUGUGCUCCUCAGCUGGGGCUCGGUGUGGCAGCGGUGACUUCAGCUGUSGGGAGGAGCAGUCGGGGCCCCGGCAGCUGUCGCCACUGGAGUGUGAGGCUACCCCUGGCCUGCCACGUGCUCGGUCUGCCGGAUGUUCUCUGCUCUUCCUUGUCCUGUAGUUCAUUGUAGAUUUUUCAUUUGUUUACAUAUGAUUUCUUUAAUUAGAUUCACGAUGUAGAGGAAAGACUCUGGACUUGGGAAGGGCAGACUUGUGUUCUGCUUUUGUCUGCUGGAAGGGCUAAUCGUGGCCCUGGUUGGCUCGUGUUUAUGAAGAGGGACCUGUGAGACCGGCCGUGCCGAGGCUGCGGUCGGGGCCGUUCCGCGCUGCCCUCCGGCAGGUUGUCGGACAGCCGAGG